CACGCACAAAUACACACAAACCCAAUAAUAGAUGUCGUCUCCUCCUCUAUGAGCCGUCUCUCAGAGAAUCUUCGUCUCUCGGUAAUCACCAAAUCUACCCGUUCUCUCUCUCUAAAGUUAGCUAAUUUUUCUCUCUCUACAAUUCGUGUCUGCAAAUCUAUCGCUCGCGUUUUCUUCUUUAAAACCCUAGCUUUGUUCCCCUCCAUCAUGGACGAUGAAUUUUUCCCCUCCACCUCCGAGGAUAAGUUCCUCGACCUCGAAUUGGACCAUCGUUCUACUAACUCUACCGCCAACAACCGCCACCUCCGUCUCUUUGUUGACGAUGACGACAAUGACGUCGAAAAGCUUUACUUGGUUCCCUACAGGUGGUGGCGGCAGACCCAAAUUGGUGCUAAUGAAACGGGAGUGUUGUAUGAUGUGUCAGCAAGAGAAGUUGGUGGGGUGGGUCUUCUUCUGGAUUUAAGGAAGGUAGACGAUUACAGGAAGAGUGAUAAUAGUAAGGAAAUAUUUUCGUGGCAUGAAUAUGCUUUGCUAUCUGGUACAAUGUGGUUGCAGGCACUGAAAUGGCAUAGUGAUUCUAAAGUAGCAGCGAAGGAAGUUCAUAACCCUUUGCUUGCAGGAGGUGUCGGUAAUUCAGAAGAUGUCUUUCCCAUACAAAUCAGGCUUUCAGUCUCCUGGGAAACAAAUUCUUUGAUUGUGAAAAUCAGUUUAAAGGACAAUAUGCUUGAUUUCUACAUGAGAACCUGCAAAGUUUUUAUUCCAGGGGCUGAGUUGCAAAUUUGGGACAUCUCAGGGCAAACAACCCAGUUCUUCGUGAAUGAUAGGAUUAACUUGCCAAAUGGCUCUAUGGGACAAAGUGAAGAGAUUCCCCUUGAACUCCUAAUUCAUGGAUUUCCAAAUUCCAUGAAAGGUAGAAAUAUCAAGAUAGAUGAGUUAACAGAAUAUGAUGAGAGAGAUAGUUCCUUCAGCAUUGGUUCAGUUAAAAUGAAUGGAAGCAGUGAUCACAUUAGCUCUUGUUCAACACCAGCAAGCGCAUCAUUUUCUGGUUAUGGCUAUGGAAAAGUUGGUCUCUUGGGUUUGACAGGACUACAGAAUCUUGGGAAUACAUGUUUUAUGAAUAGCGCAAUUCAGUGCUUGGCUCACACUCCGAAGCUAGUUGAUUAUUUUCUAGGAGAUUACAAAAAAGAAAUAAAUCGUGAAAAUCCACUAGGGUUGAAUGGUGAGCUUGCUUUGGCAUUUGGAGACUUGCUAAGGAAGCUUUGGGCUCCAGGAUCAAACCCAGUUGCACCUAGAAUGUUCAAGCUAAAACUUUCUAACUUUGCUCCUCAAUUCAGUGGUUAUAACCAGCAUGAUUCUCAAGAAUUUCUUGCCUUUUUGUUGGAUGGACUUCAUGAAGAUUUGAAUCGCGUGAAAUGCAAGCCUUACAUAGAAGUUAAAGAUGCAGAGGACCGUCCAGACAAAGAAGUGGCAGAUGAAUAUUGGAAGAAUCAUCUGGCUCGCAAUGACUCCAUCAUAGUUGAUUUAUUUCAGGGUCAAUAUCGUUCAACGUUGGUUUGCCCCAAUUGCAAGAAGAAGUCUGUUACAUUUGAUCCAUUUAUGUACCUAUCGCUGCCUUUACCUUCAACAAGCAUGCGAACAAUGACUUUGACAGUGGUGAGCACUGACGGCUUUACCUUGCCUUAUCCUAUUACUGUAUCUGUGCCAAAAUGUGGAAGGUUGAAGGAUCUUAUUGAGGCCUUAAGCACUGCAUGUUCCUUGAGAAAUGAUGAAAGGCUGUUAGUUGCUGAGAUAUACAGGAAUAAAGUUUUUCGUUUCCUGGAGGAGCCAUCUGAUUCGUUAGCUCUGAUCAGAGAUGAUGACAAACUUGUUGCUUAUCGGUUACCCAGAAAUAAUGACACAUCUCCCUUAGUUGUGUUUUUGCAUGAAGUCAUGGACAAGCCUUCUGAAUUGGAGAAAGCAGUGCCGAGUAGGAAGUUGUUUGGCAUUCCUCUUGUAGCAAGAUUGUCUAAUAUUUCGAACGGCUUUGAUCUCUGUAAACUGUUUCUGAAACUGCUCAAUCCAUUUCUGAUGUCCUCUGAUGAUGAAUUAAAUGAUCAUGAUUUGGGAGCUGCAGCUGAUGAAGCUUCUGCAAUGGAAGAAGUCCCUAGCCCUACUGUUUCAGGUAGUAAUGCAGUCUCAGACGGUGAAACAGAUGAUGACCCAGAUUUCAGUACUGAUUUUCAAUUCUGCAUCAGAGAUUAUUGCGGAGCAACAGAGAUAAAGAUGAAUAAGCCAUUACUGGUCUCAAAACUUUCCAAUAAAUUAGAAGUUCAUGCUUUCUGGUCUGAGAAGAUGAUGGAAAAGUAUGAUACAUGCAUUCUAAGCUCUCUGCCAGAGGUUUUUAAGCCACAGUUGUACACAAGGAGGCCUCAGGAGUCUGUUUCUUUGUAUAAAUGCCUUGAAGCAUUUUUGAAGGAAGAACCUUUAGGACCAGAAGAUAUGUGGUACUGUCCCAGUUGUAAAAAGCCACGGCAAGCUAGUAAAAAGUUAGAUCUUUGGAGACUACCUGAGAUAUUGGUUGUUCAUUUAAAGAGGUUCUCAUAUAGUCGAAUCAUUAAGAACAAGUUGGAAACAUAUGUUGACUUCCCUGUUGAGCAUUUUGAUCUUUCAACUUACAUUUCUCAUGAAGAUGGCCGGUUGUCCAAUUGUUAUCAGCUGUAUGCAAUAAGUAAUCAUUAUGGAGGCAUGGGCGGUGGUCAUUAUACUGCAUUUAUUAAUCAUGGCCAUGGGAGGUGGUAUGAGUAUGAUGACGACAAUGUCUCUCCUGUUAGUGAGGACAGGAUCAAAACAUCUGCGGCUUACGUCCUCUUCUAUAGAAGAUUUACUUGAUAUUGUAUAUAUCUGUCUUGGUUAGAUAAAUCUGGGGAAGGCCAAUACUGCCACAGAAAUGGCUUUGCUUUUUCUUUUUGUUGAAGCAUCAUCAACCUUUUGCUCACAGAUUGGAAUUGGUCAAGGCACAUACAUAUGGGUUAUUGUACAGUUUCUGGAAGGAAUCUGCUGGUGAAAGAAGGAAAUUUUAUUACAAAUUGAUCAAAGUAACUUUACCUUACAUGUAUAUAUUUUCAGGUGAAGAAUGAGAGAGACAAAUUUUUGGCAAAUGGGGCAAGUUAAUUUCCCCUCUACUUUGAAUGCAUAUAUUGUUUCAGUGAUUACUCUGGAUUAACUUAUUUUUGGAAAAGGAAAUAUGAUAUAGCUGGACUUGUGGUUGGUUUACUUA